ACUGUCAAACAGCGAAAGACUGGAAACUCAGCGCUAAUGUCAUCAUCAACACCACCCAAACACUAAAAACACGGCUCGACCGAUGUGUAAAUUACUUUAUUAUUUGCCCUUUAACCAUGGGACCUCGACGUAAAUUACAAAAACAACUCCGCUGGUGCAUCUUGACUGGGAAUAUAAUCUGUUUUCCACCUCAGAAGUUUGCGUGCUGAAUGAAAACAGUCCGCUGAAUUCGUUGAGCGCGGAACCUGACAAUCCGUGGACUGGAAAAAUGUGAUUCAGGAAAUUCAGGCGUAGUUUCGCUCGUCCGGUUGUUUACACGUUUUUCGGACGACGUUUCUGCUUAUGUAAAGUACAGUUUCAGAAAUUGUUGUUUUGGGAUCUUACUAACUGGGGGUUGGAUAGUGACACGUUGCGCGCUAAGCUAAUUUAGCAUUUAACUCGGGUGAUUUAGAAGCACAGUAAUCCGUUUAGAAGACGUUGUAGCUUUAAAAGACGCACAAGUCUAACGUUACAUACAAAACACGGGAGACAAGGAACGUGAACCUGGAUGAUUUACCACAGUCGUGGUGGGACCGCGUAACGUUAGUUUCGGUUGGCCUGAUUUGGGAGCAGUAAGGCUGAAGCAUCUCAUUAAUUUCACGUUUUCUCUUGGGAUGUCUACUGAUGGGUGCAGGUGAUGACCUGUAAGUGAACUUAUCUUCAGAGUGCGUGUUAGAAGAGGAUCAUGAUGGCUCAGCAGGAGAAUGGACGUCUGUCGUCUGAGGACACUAUGAGUGUGAGGACUCUGGGCAGUCAGUUUGAUGAGGAGAGCUCUUUCGGAUCGGACUCUGAAAUCAACGGGUUUCCCAGCUUGAGACGAACUGACAAGUAUGGAUUCAUCGGGGGAGCCCAGCAGUAUUCAGCCGAAUCGGCUCAAGAUGUGCCUCUGGAAGUGUUAAGGCAUAGGGAAGUCAAAUGGUUGGAUAUGCUGAACCACUGGGACAAAUGGAUCAGUAAAAGAUUCAAGAAGGUGCGACUGCGAUGUCAGAAAGGAAUUCCUCCAUCAUUGCGAGGCAGAGCCUGGCUCUACCUGUCGGGUGGAAAAGUGAAAAGAGAACAAAACCCUGGGAAGUUCGAAGAGCUGGAUAGCAUGGAUGGAGACCCUAAGUGGGUUGAUGUGAUAGAGAGAGAUCUACACAGACAGUUCCCCUUCCAUGAGAUGUUUGUGUCCCGAGGAGGUCACGGGCAGCAGGACCUGUUCCGGGUGUUAAAGGCUUACACCCUGUACAGACCAGAUGAGGGUUACUGCCAGGCUCAGGCUCCUAUAGCAGCAGUGCUUCUGAUGCACAUGCCUGCUGAGGAUGCAUUUUGGGGUCUGGUUCAGAUUUGUGAGAAGUACCUCCCUGGAUAUUACAGCGCAGGCCUGGAGGCCAUACAGUUGGAUGGAGAGAUCUUAAAUGCGUUAUUAAAACGCGUGUGCCCUCCAGCAUAUCGCCACCUUGAGAAACACAAGAUAGAGCCCAUCCUCUACAUGACGGAGUGGUUCAUGUGUGCAUUUUCCAGAACUCUACCCUGGGCAUCUGUGCUCAGAGUGUGGGACAUGUUUCUGUGUGACGGAGUGAAGAUAAUAUUCCGUGUUGGGCUGGUGUUGCUGAAAUGCAUGCUGGGAUCUCGUGAGAAACUGAAGGCUUGUCCUGGUCAGUACGAGACUAUGGAGCUUCUCAGGGCCCUGGAGCAACGAUACAUGCAGGAGGCCUUUCUUGUACAGCAGAUAUUAGAGCUGCCCAUAUCUGCUCGGGAUGUCGAGCGAGAGCAUCGCAUGCAGCUUAAGCGCUGGCGGAAGACUCACGGCGAGCUCAGCUACAAGUCCCCUCCCAGAAUGCAUGGCGCUCAGGCCAUCAUGUCUGCCGAGCCACACACCCGCCAAGACCUCCGUCAAAAACCCACAAUCAUCGUCCAGUAUCCCCUGCCCUCGGACACUAAAUCCGAAUUUGCUCGUGUCAAGAAGAGAAGCACUAUCCGAAAAGCUCCCAAUCUGACAUUCGACGUCCCAAACCCCUAUGCCCUACCAACAGACCCCAAACCAGCCCCUCUUACUAAUCAAACACACGAGACAGCCUCAAACAAUCAGUCCAAGCAUCCUCCUCCAUCACUACAACAAUCCCACCUCACUACACCCAAACAAACACCCUCCUCUGAUCCACCAGCCUCUGUCGUUCCACCCCAACCAUCACCAAAUCUCUCUCGCACCCCACCGCCUCCCCAGCCCUCACCAAAACCCAAACCCGCACAUGUGACUGAAAUCCCUCGCUCCUCCAACCCUGCAGUCACCGUCCAACCACUUCCUCUGCCUAAAGACUCAAGCAACACCAACAACUCAGCCCACCUGAUAGAUCCUCCACCCACUACAGACUCCACCCCGCUUCUUCCAGAUGUCGCACCUGUGAACGGCAACUCAGCCGCUGCUCCCACAGUUCCUGGUUUACGUAACUCAUUUGAGAGCGUGGGUUCAGAGGACACGUACCUGUAGCUCUCUAGGUCAGCAUUCAGGGAGAAAACAGUAUUGGGAACCAGCAUUAUGCAUGAGAACAAGGUGGGAGGAAAAACUAUGAAUGUAUUUUGAUUUUCUUUGGGUGAGAGUUUUUGGGGUGACAAGAAUCCUUGCCGUCAGUUAUCUUGCACCCAUCAGUGUGAAGAAUUCAGGAAUAUAUAAAGCUUAAUGACAAGGAUCACAUGACUUAAAGGUUACUCCACCCCAAAAUCAAAAUUUUGUCAUUAGUCACAUAUCCCCAUGUCGUUCCAAAAAUGUAAAUUUUGGAUGAAAAAUGUCUGUCCCAUUGACUGCCAGGUAAAUACCACUGUCAAGACACAGAAAGGUAUGAAAGACGUCGUCAAAAUAGUCCAUCUGCCAUCAGUGGUUCAACCGUAAUUUUACGAAGCUAUGAGAAUACUUUUUUAUGCAAAUAAAACAAAUGUAAUGACUUUAUUCAACAAUUCGUCUCCGCCACGUCACCAUAGCACCAUUUUGGAUAGCAUCUCCUGUACGCAAACAGCGUACGCUGUUCUGUGUCAGCUGCGUCACGUGGGGACUAUGGUGAUGCAGAAGAGCCGAAUUGUUGAAUAAAGUCUUGUUUUUAUUUUGUUUGCAUACAAAAAGUAUUCUCGUCUCUUCAUAAAAUUCAGAUUGAACCACUGAUGGCAGAUGGACUAUUUUGACGACGCCUUUCGUACUUUUCGGUCUUGACAGUGGUAUUUACCUGCCAGUCAGUGGGACAGAUAUUUUUCAUCCAAAAUAUCUUAAAUUGUGUUCCGAAGACGAACAAAGCUUUUACAGGUUUGGAGUGACAUGGGGGUAAGUGAUUAAUGACAAAAUUUUCAUUUCAGGGUGGAGUAACCCUUUUAAGGAUUAGUUCACUUCUGAAUUAAAAUUUCUUGAUAAUUUACUCGCCUCCAUGUCAUCCAAGAUGUUCAUGUCUUUCUUUCUUCAGUCGAAAAGAAAUGAAGGUUUUUUUAGGGAAAACAUUCCAGGAUUUUUCUCCUUUUGGUGGACUUCAUUGGGGAUCAACAGGGUGAAGGUCCAAAUUGCAGUUUCAAAGGGCUCUACAUGAUCCCAGCCAAGGAAUAAGGGUCUAAUCUAAUGAAACGAUAAGUCAUUUUUUAAUAAAUAUCAAAUUUUAUAUACUUUUUAACCACAAAUGCUUGUCUUGCACUAGCUCUCUGGUUCAAAAGGGUAGGGUAGGGUGAGAAACUCCAUCUUAUUUUCUUCUCCAACUUCAAAAUUAGCCAACAUUGUUUUAUCUUUUUUUUUUGUAAAGUACGUUUGACUUAGUCUUUGCACCUUUGCUUUAUAAACACUGGGUUGGUACUUCUGCCUACGUCACAUGUGACCUUUUCAGUGUGAUUAUGUAAUGCGUGAAGUCCAAGCUAGUGCAAGAUGAGCAUGUGUGGUUAGAAAGUAUAUACAUUUUUACCUGUUUUUCU